AUGCACCAUGGUCGACUUUCGUUUGCGGCAGGCGACCUGCUGCUGGAGGGCUUCGAGGAGGAGGAGGUGAUCCUGGCGUGCGCGCUGCCGGCCGACUGGGCGUCUCCGCGGCGGCUGGGGCUGCUGGGGGGCCCGCCGUACGGCGCGGGGCCGGUGCCCGGGCUGGGGCCGGAGGCGCCGACGGCCGAGGCGGCGGAGGCGGCCGGGCUGCGCCUGCUCGAGAUGGACGCGGACGCGCGCUUCCUGGUGGCGCGCGCGCUGCCGUCGGCCGACGCCGAGCGCCGCCUCUUCCACACGCCGCUGCUGCGCGCCGCGCUCGCCCUCUGCCGCGAGCGCGGCGACGCGUGGCGCUGCCAGGUGAAAGUGACGCAUCACAUCUGCCCUCGAGUGGAACCUGCGCCGCUGCCCGCGCCCAUCCCGCCGCCGCCCGACGCCCCUCUGCCGCCCACGCCCCCUUCGGGGGGCGGCAAGGGGGGCUCUCGGGACUCGUCGGGGCGCCUGCAGCGGUCCCUGGCCAAACUUCGCUUCCCGACCAAGAAGUCGUCGUCGUUCACAUACACGGCCAGCGUGCGGCCGGAGCCGUCCCCUUCGCCGGCGCUCGCGCCCGCCCCCGCGCCGCCGCCGCGCAACCUGCCCGGGGCGCCUUCACGCGCCUGGGGCGGCGGCAGCAGCGGUGGCGGUGGCGGCCUCAUCGUCAGCGGCGGCGUGCCGGCGCUCGUCGCGCCCCUGGCGGACGAGGUGCCGUACUCGCACGCGCUGGACGCGCUGCCCGGCGCGCGAGGCGCCCCGCGCGGCGCGGACGAGAACCUGUACGCGGAGAUCUGCGACGCGCCGCCGCGACCGCCGCCCAAGGGCAAGCUGGAGAGCUUCUACCACUUGAAGGUGCGCAGCGUGGAACGCACCAAGGAGGACUGCUACUACGUGCAGCUGGACGACGGUCGCUACGCAGGCACUCUGUGCUCUCGAGCGGCCAGUGAGGGCGACUACGACACAGUGUGUUGAAGCACUCUUUCAGUAGGAACGAUUCGGUGCUAUCAAACCGCCACGAACUCCCACGUAGGGAACACUGGCAUACAUGAGCUAGAGGAAACUAAGAAAAUGUGCAAUGGUUUGCCUCAGAGAAAAAAAAAAAUGAAAGCCCAUCAUUUUAAAUAAUUUACUUCUAACGCAUCUCUUUUACUGUACGGUUUUCUGCGAAUGUCAUUGAGAGAAUAACGUUUCCAUAUCUCGUUUAGUUCCUCUGGUGCUCUGUACUAUUAUGUAAAUACAGCAGAGAAGAGUCUGCACUUUACUUUGCCAUCUAUAGACGGAAAUGGAAAGAAGUUAUGUUCGGAAGAAUGGAAAUUCUUAUAUACGUUUGUGAUAUUAGACUUUCCUUCCCACAAAUUUAGGAGAAUCUUUAUUCUCUCUCCAGAAGAAUUAGAGAAUGAUCUUCUUGCUUCUUACAAUCAAAGCAAGAGACUUCUGCUUCUGAAGACGAAGAUACUAGUGUGAAAAAAGGGAUUUCUACUACAUGUUCUUCGAGAUUCUCUGAAUUUUGUGUUGUUUGCUCAUACCUCUUUGAUGGAAGUUUGCUUUCUGAUGCUUACUGUAUGAUCUAAUUUACAUUUAAACUCGUUUUGAAAACAACAAGCAUUGCAUAUAUCUCAAUGAAAAAGAAAAUAUAUCAACAACAACAUGUUAAGAGUAUUUUGGUUUUCAAAAGAAACAAAUAUAAUUGUUUGAUGUAUUCAUGCUCGGUAUCUAAUGACAAGAUACAAGUAUUACUUGUGAAGACAAU